AUGGCUAAAGUCAUCUAUCAUGCAAGCUACCUAAAAGCCUACCCUGGAAUGCUUCAGGCUUUCAGCCACUUCGUCGCCCCGUCGCCCCGUCAGCUUCAAGCCUUCAACCACGCGGCACUCACCUCACCACCGCAUCCAGAGCAGUGCGCCACUCACCCCGUCCAUCGAAGAUUGAACAUUGAAGUCGCCUCCUCGUCGCUCCUCGCUCCAGGUCUCCCUCUUCUCUGCUCGACGCUCGUCGCUCCAUCCCUCCAGCUUAUUAGGGGUGGAGGAAUUGAUCGGGUUAAGCAUCAUUUGGCUGAAAAAGGUGGAGAUAUUGAGGCAUGUCGAAAGGUGCCAGCUGCGGUGAGACACCAAUUCUCCCAAAAUAUUGAAGAUCUUCGAACCAAGAAAAGGAAAACUCAAGAAGAAUAUGCAGAAAGUUAUGGUGCUUGUGAUGACGUUGAAAGGGAAUUUGAUGAGAUUGAACAUAAUGAGAUGCGACAACAACAAGCAUCAAGAAUUCCAGCACCUAGCUCUAGAAAGGGAGUUGGAAAACAACUCAAGGGACUACAAUCCUUUUUUCCACCAGCAGCAACACCUGGAGCUCAACCAAGUAUUAAAAGUGUUCUCAAAAGCAAAGAAAUUGUGGAGAAGUGUGAUAUUGCUAUUGCAAGAUGGAUGAUGGAUGCCUCUGUGCCAUUCAAUGCGGUUAAUUCAGCUUAUUAUCAGCCGAUGAUCGAUGCUAUCGCAAAUAUGGGUGCAGGGUAUAAAGGGCCAAAUUACCAAAGAGUUCGUGGAUAUUUGUUGAGUAAAUUGGUUGAAGAUGUAAAGAAGAUGAUUGAAGGUUAUCGUGUGAUUUGGAAACAAACUGGAUGUACUAUCAUGGCUGAUGGAUGGACUGAUCGUUGUAGGCGUACUUUAAUUAAUUUCUUGGUUUAUUGCCCUAAAGGAACUGUUUUCCUAAAGUCAGUUGAUGCUUCUCAUAUCUCGAAAACUGCUGAGGCUUUGUUUAAGUUGCUUAGGGAUGUUGUGUUAUUUGUUGGUCCUGAGAAUGUUGUACAUGUAGUGACGGAUAAUGUUGCAAAUUAUGUUGCUGCUGGAAGGUUGUUGGAAUCAUAG